GCUCAGCUUAAAAACUUUUCAACUUUUUCGGUGACAGGAGAGUCGCCGACGUCAGCGUGGUAACCUGGCAUUUCCGCGCAGUGUUAUACUUAGCAGGAGCUGCGGACAAGCGUCUCAAAUCCAGCGGAAUUAAAUUAAAUUAAAAGUAAAAUCGGCGAGGUUUGAGGCAGCGGGGCGGGAUACCAAGUUCGCCUUCACGGACGGGGAUUUGAGAGUGAAAGACCACAGGAGGUUCUUCAUCCUUGCACCUUGAGACAACCAUAGCCUUAACAGAAUGGCCAACUGCCUUCUCGUCCUGUUCCUUCUCCAGAGCCUCUGCCCCUUGACCACUGCAGGCCUGUUCUCCCGGAGCCCGUGUGAGCUGCUGCCCGUAGGGGACGGCCACCCGGUGCAGGCUGUGCUGCAAAGCUUCACCGUGCUCUCUGGCUGCGCCAGCAAGGGCACCAUCAGCCUCCCGCAGGAGGUGCACAUCAUCAACCUGAGGAGGAAUGGCCCCAACAGCGGCGCGGAGAAGACCACGGAGGUGACCCUCCAUCUGAAGCCCAUACACUCCUUGAAGGUCCACCAGAGGCCCCUGGCCUUUGUGCUGAACUCGCCGCAGCCGGUCCUCUGGAAGCUGGAGAUGGAGAAGCUGGUGCCGAGCGUCAGGCGCGUUUUCCACGUGUCCAGGGGCUCCGAUAUGCAGCUGAAGAUGGGACAUUUGAGGGACUCCUGCGAGGUUGAGAAGGAGGAGCUCCCUCAUGCCAACGAGCGCCUGCUGGCCUGGGCCUAUGAGAAGUUCAAGGCUGUUACCUCGUUCUCCGAGCUCCGCAUCACCAGGAACGUGUACAUCAAUGUGGGAGAAGACCUCACCUUCUCCAGCACUUGCAAGAUCGACAACAACUUCCUGUCCCUGAACUACCUGGCAGGCUACGAGGACCCGCAGCCGUCUCGGGGUUGCGUCCUGUCAGGUUGGAACCACAACCGUGAGGUUCACAUCAUCGAGCUGCAGGCCCCCAACUCCAGCAGUGCGUUCCAGGUGGACGUCAUCGUGGAAGUCAGGCCCCUGGCGCCGCAUCGUCCCCUGCAGCGAGACCUCGUCCUCCUGCUCAAGUGCGAGAAGUCAGUCAACUGGGUCAUCAAGAGCCAUGGUAUCACCGGCACCCUGGACAUCGUGACGUCGGACAGCGUCAAUCUGGACUCAACCGUGGACAGGAGCACAGCGAAGAUCCAUAGGCACCACCUGCCUUCGGAUCCUCAGGCACUGAUCCGGUGGGCUGAAGACAACCGCUACAGCCCGGUGACCUCCUUCACCAGCACGCCUGUGGCCAACCACUUCAACCUGCAUCUGAGGGAGCUAGAUGUUCCAGAUGAUAUCCCUGAGACGGGGCUCCCACCGGAUCUCGCUGUCCUGUUUCAGCCUGACUCCCUGCCCAGUUCAGAGGGCUUGCCCCCCCAGCGGGGCCGCCCCUUCUCCCUAUUCCCGCCCGUGGAUGGACCCUUGCCAGAAGACGUGCCCCUGAGCCCUGUCAUCGACAUUGAGCUGAGCGUGCAGUGUGAGGAGCAGAAGAUGGUGGUGAGCCUGGCCCAGGAGAAGCUGGAGGCACACAGGCUUAAGGAGCCAGAGGUCACCCUUUUGGACUCGUCGUGCAAAGCCAGACACAACGGCACUCACUACGUCCUGGAGACCCCGCUGACGGGAUGCCAGACCACCAAAUUCUCCAGCCUUCCAGCCGUCUUCAUCAACCAGGUCAUGAUCCACCAAUCGGAAGGCCAGGAAGAGAGCGGCUGGCAUGACGACUAUGAGGACAUGGAGUCGGGUGAUGGCGGCUUCCCCUCAGACGUGGAAGGGCAGGGCAGGCCUUCCCUGCAGCACAGGGAGCCCAUGCUCUAUUCCGUCAUGUUUAACUGCACCUACGGGAAGCUGCCAGACGCCCCACAGUCCAGGGUCCCCAGGCCUGGUCCCAGAAAAGGUUUGGACAGCAAGGACAUGACCUUCAGCAUGAAGCUCUAUGACUCGGACCUCUUUGAACUCCAUAUGCCCGAAGUCCCACUCAGAACUGCAGACAACAAGCCCAUAUAUGUGGAGGUCAGUACAAAUGAAGCGGAUACUGAUAUGGAUUUCAUGAUCCAAGCAUGCCACAUCUCGCCCUACAACAACGCCAAUGAGAUGCUCGACUAUGCGAUCAUCGAGAACGUCUGCCCGACGGAGGACUCGCUGGUAUUCCACACGCAGGCAGCCGACUUCCUCCCCGUGCAGGAGUGGACCAGUACAAAGAAGUUCAGCUUUACCUUCAGGUCAAAGUUCAAUGAGACCAUUCAGUUCCUGCACUGCCAGAUAACUCCAUGCUACGAGGGGCCUACUGACAGCCAAGGACUGCCCAAGUGUAUGACCCCCAACGAGGCGUGCACCUCUGCCGACUUCAGCUUCAUCAUGUCCAUGAUGAUGAACGCCAAGACCAUCACCCGAGCGCUGGCAGUGACAUCCAACUCAAGGCCCAGAGAGGAACCUCCCUCUGUGGUAGAUCCUAGUGAGCCCUCGCAGCCUAUCUCUCCAGCGCACGUGCUGAACACCGCCACCGUGGUCGGGAUCGCCUUCACAGCUUUUGUCAUCGGCGCUCUGCUGACGGGAAUCUUGUGGUUCAUAUAUUCGCACACAGGUGAGACGGCCGGCCGGCAGCAGGUGCCCCAGUCCCAGCCAGCCUCGGAGAGCAGCAGCGCCGCCCACAGCAUCGGCAGCACGCAGAGCACGCCCUGCUCCAGCAGCAGCACUGCCUAGCCCUCAUGCGCCCACCAGCGGUGCGGCCGGGGGGGGCAUUUCUCGACAUGCGCAUUCCUGGGAUGAAAGGGAUUACUUUGGAUUGUUCUUUAAAAGAGAGAACAGCCCCCCCCCCAUUCAAUGUGUUUUUAUGGUUCUGCAACCAAAGAACGACGAUCACCUGACACACUGUGGUUCGGAGCCUGAAAUGCUGCCCCGCCAUCCGAUAAAAGCUGUGAGGGAACCGAUGCAGAUGGUUCUGUAUAUGCAGGAUCUAAGGAGAAAGCAGCAGAACGCCAGUCAGAUUUUAAAUCGCUUCUUGGGGGGGGCGGGGCCAUAAAAAGCUGUCCAUCUAAAUCUAUAUAGAUGAAUGUCUGAUAAAGAAUAGGGAUAUCUGUAAUUAUGUUAAUAAUAUAGAUUCUAUUGCUGUCAAUAUUGUAAAUAAGUCAAAUUUUAACCUUUAAAAAUGGCCAAACAUUAUUUUCAACAAAUAAUUAUUUAAGUUUGUUAAACAUACUACAACAGGACUAGGCAACCCUGAUCCUGGGGGGCUGCUACCCACCCAGUUUUCCGACCUUCCGGAGGAGUUCCCACCUGCCUGAGAUCAGCUGUGGUUCAUCAGAGACCAGGUGGGAUGGAAAACCUGCUGGAUACUGGCAGUCCGGGACCACGGUCGCCUGCCCCUCUGCUCCAGUGUCUUACAUCAUACUGUCUCCCGAUUGGGCAUUAAACAAAAAAAAUAUAUAUAGUAAUUGCUUCAGAUAUAAUGUGACUUUUCUGGGUCUUAUGCCACUAUCUCCUACGACAUGCUCGCGUGUCCAUGUGUCUGAUCUAGGGCUUGUCCGUUAAGCUGAACGUCUGUGCCUGUAUUCCCACCUGGACAGGUCAUGUGACCUUUUCACUCCUCACCGACAUUAGAUAAUGUAUCUUGGAAUUCAGGCGCUCUGCCCACGUUGCGAUACAGGGAUCGUAGAGGCGCUCGUUUGCUGUGACGCCACCGGGAAAAUCCAUUUAGGGCGUUUGUCCCUUUGAACAUUCGCAUCUUUGUAGCCUUUGCAGACAGAGGGGGCCAUCGCGUUGCUCCCAGAAUCCCGAGCGAGCCGUUCAGCAAGCGACGGUUACUGUCUCUGAUUCUCAUGAUGUAUGUGUGUGUGUGUGAGUAAGUAAGUGAGCUCUGAGUAUUUACCACGGAUGAUAUGUAUUCUUAGUUUACUAUACAUGCAUGUAAACGUCGUCAUCAUAAGCAUGCUGAACCCACUGCCACUCAUUUAAUCGUUUUUUGGACCUUAAAGUGAUGGGAAAUUUUGGAAGUUUGAUAUAUUUGUACUAAUCAUACAAUGUAUAUAUGUGAAACAAAGAUAUAUUUAGACUAACUGUUUGCAUAAACCGUUAGAAUUAGCUGUACAACAGUGUUACCACCUGCAGACCUUAUAGAUUGUAUAUUAACGCAAAAGCUUUUUAAGUCCAGUGUUUAAAACCUGUAUAGGGGUCUUCAGAGAAGACCAGAGAGUAUUUUAGUAACAUGUAUAUUUUUAUUGUUUUGUGGGUCGUUUGUAUAGAGGUAUAUAAAGUAUAUGUUUUAAGGUAUGUACCUGAGAGCCAGCAUAUCCCAUUCUGUUCGUACUGUGAAUCUUUGCCCGCUGUUGUAUUCUUCUACUGCUACGUUGUAUUGUGUCGCUCCCCCUUCCCCAUGUCUGGGUUCCGUGCCGCAUCUGGAAAGGCUUUUAAACAGAAAGGUGAUUGGAGCCGUGCUGACCGAAGCGUGGUCAGUCCGACCCGCUGUCAGGCAGCCGCAGAAAACACGUCCUUCAGACAGGUGUGUGCCGCCCAGCUCAAUGUUUGUGUAGCUUAUUUGCACCUGAUAUUUGUUGUUUGUUUUUUUUUGGGAGGGGAUGGGGGUAUCGUGUUCUUUGUCAUAGCUAUUGGAUGCUACAAUCAGUCAUUUAGACGUCUUGUAAUCGAUAAAAGCACUAUUAUUUAGCAGUUCACUACCCAUGUUGAAUGAAUGAAUGUUACAUUUAUAUAGCGCUUUAACACGCCCAGUGCGCUUUACAGAACCAAUGCGGGGCCACUGCAAACAAGUCCCCUGUGUAGCCCCCACCUGGGUAAUGCGCCGGCAGCCAAUCUGCGCCAGUACACUCACCACACUAGCUAAGGUGGUGAAGCGGCAGGUGAGAAUUCACCAGCUAGAUGAUUAGGGGGCCAGACGCAAAAGGGCCACAGUGGGCUAUUUUUGUUACCUUCAGAGUUUUGUUCGCAGCUAUUUUAAAAGUGAGGCUGUGAAAGGAUUGGAGUGGCUGUGAAAAGCCAGCUGUGGUGUUUUUUGAGGAACAUACGUCGAAGCUUCUCAUUUUCUGAAAGCCAGUCGCAGAGCCAGCAUCUACUUGCGGCCACGCCACGUUCCUUGUUGACCGGUGGCUCCUUAAUGUCGGAGAUCUCCUGGGUUUAAGCUGAAGGGAUGCAGGCCCUCCGCAGGCUCAAAGGAGAUGGACGAAACAGCCAGAGGCCUGACAGGGGCUACAGCGAGCUCCUCUCUCCAGAUGUGAGAUUCUCGUCAAGUUCCAAUAACCCCCUCAGAGGAGGAAGCCUGUGGUCUGUUGUGAUGGUAUUGAUCAGUCCUAGUGACAGUGAUAUCAUGGGAAGUGUGUGUGUGUGGGGGGGGGUGUUGUGAAAUCUCUUGUCUAAAUUGCCACAUGCGAAAGGCCCUGAGCUGGAGUGGGGGGUGAUGAGGUAUUACCAUGGCUGGCAGCUGCCUUUAUGGGGGGGGGCAUCCCAGCAGAUUACCCCCAGGCCCUUUCGCUUGGAGCAGACUCAGGAUUGUAUAUUUGGUUUCUGAGUCUUUUUAACUGUCUACCUCAUUUUUAUUUCAUUUCUUUUGAGAGGGUUUGUUUUGUGAGACUCUAAUUGUGGCAACAAGCAGGUGUACCGAGUAUUUUUUUAAGGGAGUUCGAAUCCUGAGAGAUUAUGAAUCCAAGGUCUUGUGUUUAUAUUGGCAAAUGGGUCUAUUUCAUUGUGGGGGGGUGGGGGGGGUGGAAUGUAAACCACAAUAUGUAUAACACUUUGAGUGCCAACCAAAGCAAAAGUCCGAGGCCAGUUUGGACGUCCCUAAAGCUUUGCAUUUGCUUUCAGUGCAGUUUGCGUUGUACAAUCUUCGCUGUAAAUAUGCACAUCUUUUAUAUGCAAAAUAAAGCCGCAUUACCUUCCACGAAA